AAUUUCGAUCCGAUCCGUUUGACCCCGUCCCUUCCUCCCUUCAUCUUCAAGCCCUCUACGAUUCGCCGACGACAUCUCUCUGCAACUGCAAGAAUAAGUUUCUGAUUCGAGCAGGAAAGGAACUCUCUCUCUCUCGUGCCCAUGGACAACGCCGACGCCUUCGCGGCGUCGACUGCGCCCGUCACAUGUCACGAUUUCCUAGAGCGGAUGAGGCACCCUUCUGCUUCCGACUUCGUCAAGUCGAUCAAAAGCUUCAUUGUCACGUUCGUGAAUAACAUGCCUAACCCAGAGAAGGAUAGUGCCUCUGUACAGGAGUUCCUCAGCAGCAUGGAGGGCGCCUUUCGCACGCAUUCGCUUUGGGCGGGUGCAUCGGAGGAGGAGCUUGAGAGUGCAUAUGAGGGACUUGAGAAGUAUGUAAUGACUAAAUUAUAUUCUCGUGCAUUUGCAUCAGUUCCUGAGGAAGUAAAGCAUGAUGAAGAACUGUCAGAGAAAAUGGCUUUAAUACAACAAUUCAUUCGGCCAGAGAAUUUGGAUAUCCAGCCAAAUUUCCAAAAUGAAACAUCUUGGUUGCUUGCACAAAAGGAACUUCAGAAAAUCAACAUGUACAAGGCUCCAAGAGACAAACUUGUCUGUAUCCUGAAUUGCUGUAAAGUUAUAAAUAAUUUGCUGCUGAAUGCUGCUUUAGCAACAAAUGAAAAUCCCCCUGGUGCUGAUGAAUUUCUUCCUGUCCUCAUUUAUGUGACGAUAAAGGCCAACCCUCCACAAUUACAUUCAAAUCUACUAUACAUACAAAGGUACAGAAGGCAGUCAAGAUUAGUCUCUGAAGCAGCAUAUUUCUACACAAACAUGCUCUCAGCAGAGUCUUUCAUUUCAAGCAUUAAUGCUCAGUCCCUCUCAAUGGAUGAAGUUGAGUUUGACAAGAACAUGGAAUCAGCUCGUGCAGUCCUUGCUGGCCUUUCUGCUUAUACAGAACAUGCCUCCGAUCCAACAAAUUCAGACCCAGAAAUUCCAGAAGAUAGAAAACUAAAGGUACUUUCUUGGAAGCCAAAAAAUUUGCUUAACAACUUUCUGCCUGCACGUGGCGAUCAACAUUCAAAUCAAGGCUCUGUAAAGUUGGAUGAAACUAAAGUGGAAUCAGAUGUGAGGGGGUCUUCAAGACCCGAAGGGUCAUCAAUCUCUGAUUUGGAAAGGAAAGGUGCUCUUGCGCUUUUAAAAGAGGAUCAGAUAAGUAGAUCUUUCCGAGAAUAUCCAUACUUGUAUGCUCGUGCUGGUGACCUAACAGUGGAGGACGUAGAAGCAUUGCUUGAGAGUUAUAAGCAUCUUGUUCUGAAAUAUGUUUCUCUUUUAAAAGGCACUGGCAGAGAUGCAUCCUUGCCUGACCAUGCAAUGCAGAGGAUUCCUAGCAAGGAAUUUGAAGGUUCAGCAGAUUCAGGGAUAACAGAUAUGAAAAAUGAGAUGGCAGAGCUUAAGAAUGAGAACCAUGAUGGAAUUGUUAGGGUGGAUAGCAUGGAUGUUCUGUCUGUUUCUGGCCUACUCCCUAGUGAUGCAUCACUUGCAGAAGAACUAUCUCGUGCAUCAAGUGGAUAAAAAUUAUUAUAUCCUUGGGAAUUCGCUCCCAAUGCACAAGGGAUAGUGUUCAGUUUUCACCAACAAUAUUGUCCGAGCAAACUGUGGUGCAGAAAUGAGACACAGUAUGGAAACUGCACAACUUAUUUGCAGCCACUGACUACUGAUCUUUGUUGAAGAAAUUUUCCGUACCAAAUUUCUUGUUGACAAGUUGUUGAUGCUCAGAUACCCUUCUGGAAGCAGUCAUGGGCUGGUCGUCUUUGUUUGACAGAGGUUGUUGAGACUGGUGCAACGAACUUUGUCCAACAUGGUUAAGAUUCGCUUUUGAGAGCAAACUUGCUUCUGUGGUUACGUUGAGGAAUUUGGUCUCGGUGGUUUCAGAGUGAAUCUUCGCUUCAGAAUAUUUAUGCUUGGUUGGCACUCAAGGAAUUCUGGAGGAGAAUGCAGCGGCUGAUAUUUUUUACUGUUGGGCUUUUUGGCAUAGGUUUGCGUGAGACAAACAAAAUUUCUGCUGUAAAGAUACCUGUUCUUGUUUCUUUAGCUUUCCACUUCCGUCACAACUGGAAAUCUUCAAAUUAAGAGAAACGGUUCGAUGCACAGCUGAGCAGUAGCUAAAACUUGUAUGAAAUUGUGUUCUAAGA